UGCGCUCAAGGCGCUAACCCUACGCAAACUACAGCAGAACUGCGUGCAGCCUCUCCGGCCGGUUGGUAUGGAUAAAUGUCGAGGGAGAAGAGAGCGCCCGCUGAUCUUUUCGACUUUAACACGUCUGCAGUAUCUUUAAUGAUGCUCUGUUGGAGACUCUGAGGUGUGUGCGCGCUGCGACGCAUCAGUUUUGGAGUCGCCAGCAGUGCGCUGCAUCUUGACACAAGACAAACGAUCUGGAGGACUGGUCGCAGCGUUUUCUCAAAGUUUGCCCUUUGCGCAUGCAUUUUAACAGUUUGGAUUCUUCUUUUGAAGUGCAUUAGCAUCGGAUUACAUUUUUUGUUUUUUGUUUUGUGCGUUUCUCUAAAAUGGGGAAAAGCGUGCGUAUCGGGCAGUAAUGUUUUCGCUCCGUGGAAGUUUAGCCCCGCGCAAGCUCUCUUAAACUCUCAUCGUUGUAUUUUAAUUAUUAUCCUUGAACUGAACACUGCAAGAGGUUCUAAACGACAAUAGGAAAUGGCCAGCGAGCGGAAACCACGACUUUGUAUCAUGACAAAAGCGGAGAACGGGUAUGGAUUUCACUUGCAUGGCGAGAAAGGGAAGAGCGGACAAUUCAUCCGCAAAGUGGAGCCUGACUCUCCUGCAGAAGCGUCGGGGUUGCGCGCCGGGGACCGUGUAGUGGCAGUGAAUGGGAUUAACGUGGAGAAGGAGACACACCACCAGGUGGUACAGCGGAUCAAAGCUGUGGACAAUGAGACCAGGUUGCUGGUGGUGGACAACGAGACGCAUGAAAGCCUGCGCAGCCUGCGCCUCACAGCCACAGAGGAGAUGGCCGUCCUCGGGGCUGCACCUCCUUCGUCCUCCUCUCCCCCAGCCUCCCCCUCUUCUCCCCCAUCCUCGGUCCCACCCUCCCCCAGCAAGAAGCGAGAGAACGGCUCCGUGUCCAAGCGACCGGUCACACCGAGUAGCCAGGUGCAGAAGCCCACCAGGAGGUCCCCAUCAAAGGCUGCGAAGAAGGUAAGCAGUUCCUCCACCACACGUGGGAUUAAAGAGUAA